AUGGCAGCCAUACACGUCCUUGACGACUACUAUCUCGCCAUCACGUUCCUCAUCACUGUUGCUUACCAGCUUUUCUUCUUUGCCAUCGCCUUCUGGUUCAAGUUCGACAAGGUCACCGACUUUGCCGGCGGUACCAACUUCAUUCUUCUUGCUAUCCUCACACUUUCGUUCAGCGACAACCGCGGCGAUGCGCGCAACAUUGUAGCAUCGCUCUUCAUCAUGCUAUGGGCAGCAAGACUAAGCGGUUUCCUUUUGUUCAGGAUUUUGAAGAGUGGAAAAGAUGAUCGCUUUGACGACAAGAGGGACAAAUUCUGGUCUUUUCUGGGAUUCUGGGUGUUUCAAAUGUUCUGGGUUUGGACAGUAUCAUUACCAGUUACCAUCCUAAACUCGCCCAAGGUUACUCGAUUCAAUCAGCCGGAGUUUGGAACGGGUCGAGACAUCGCGGGCAUCAUCCUCUGGUCUAUCGGUUUCAUUAUGGAGAGCGUCUCAGAUGUUCAAAAGUACAGAUUCCGUACUGCUCAUGGUAGCGACGGUGCGGUCUGCAAUGUUGGAUUCUUUGCUUGGACUCGGCAUCCCAACUACUUUGGAGAAAUCAUCAUUCAAUUUGGCAUCUUCAUGAUUGCUGUAUCUCCCGCAGCAUACAACUACGUUUCGGGCGGCGCGUAUGAUGCGCUGUACGCGUCUAUCCUUGGACCCUUCUUUUUGACUUUACUGCUCAUGUUUGUGUCUGGCCUGACAUUGCAAGAACGUCCCGGUGCAAAGAAGAGGUAUGAGAAAGGCACUCAAUGGCCCGAGUACGAGCGAUACCUCCACCGUACGAGCAUUCUCAUCCCUUUUCCGCCUCAAAUCUACGCCAGGUUGCCGGUCAUUCUCAAGAGAACCAUCUUCCUGGAGUUCCCAAUCUACGUCUUCGACCCAGCGAAGCAUGCGGACCAGGACAAGGUACAAGCUAGAUCCGCGGAGGAGGGACAGAGCAGGCCAAGUGACGAAGAGGGCUUGAGAUCUUGA